AUUUAUAUAGUUUAUGAAUCAUUCAUGCAUCUGAUUUGUGUUGAAUUUAACGGACAGAACUUUUAGGAGAAAUGGCGUCGAUUCUAUCGGCGGAGGAGAUUCUGCCGUUUAGAAUAUUGGAAGAGAAUUCUUCGGCGGACUCUUCGAAUCCGACGGACGCGGUCAUCUUCGUCGGAAUCAGCUUGGUUUUAGGCAUUGCCUGCCGGCAUGUACUCAGAGGCACCAGAGUCCCGUAUACCGUUGCUUUGCUUGUUCUGGGAAUCGGCAUCGGAUCUUUAGAAUAUGGAACCAGGCAUCGGCUAGGAAAGAUUGGGGAUGGCAUUCGUCUUUGGGCAAGGAUUGAUCCUGACCUUCUCUUGGCUGUUUUCCUUCCUGCACUUCUUUUUGAGAGUUCCUUUUUAAUGGAAGUGCACCAGAUAAAGAGGUGUAUGGUACAAAUGUUGCUACUUGCUGGGCCUGGAGUCCUCAUUUCAACCUUUUUUCUUGGAUCUGCUUUGAAGCUUAUUUUUCCAUAUAACUGGAGCUGGAAAACAUCAUUAUUACUUGGAGGCCUUCUUAGUGCUACUGAUCCUGUAGCCGUUGUCGCCCUUCUAAAGGAGCUUGGUGCUAGCAAAAAAUUGAGUACCAUAAUUGAAGGAGAAUCAUUGAUGAAUGAUGGGACAGCAAUAGUGGUAUAUCAACUGUUUUACCGAAUGGUUCUUGGACAUAGCUUUAAUUGGUGGGCCAUUAUCAAAUUUUUGGCACAAGUUUCUCUUGGGGCCUUGGGAAUUGGCCUGGCUUUUGGAUUUGCAUCUGUUCUAUGGCUGGGAUUUAUCUUCAAUGACACAGUAAUUGAGAUUACACUGACACUUGCUGUCAGCUAUGUUGCGUACUUCACUGCUCAAGAAGGAUCUGAUGUCUCUGGCGUUUUGACUGUAAUGACUCUUGGAAUGUUUUACUCUGCUGUUGGUAGGACUGCCUUUAAGGGCGAAAGUCAGCAAAGCUUGCAUCAUUUUUGGGAGAUGGUUGCCUAUAUAGCUAAUACAUUAAUUUUCAUCCUGAGUGGAGUUGUCAUAGCUGAAGGCAUUCUUGGAAAUGGGAGCAUAUUCAAAACCCAUGAAAAUUCAUGGGGGUAUCUCGCCCUCCUCUAUGUGUUUGUCCAAAUCUCUCGAGUUGUAGUUGUUGCUGUGUUGUUUCCAUUUCUGCGAUAUUUUGGCUAUGGUCUGGAAUGGAAAGAAGCUGUCAUUCUUGUAUGGGCUGGUUUGCGUGGGGCUGUAGCAUUGUCACUUUCCCUGUCAGUUAAGCGUACCAGUGAUAAUUCGUCAUACAUCACUUCUGAUACUGGAACUCUGUUUGUCUUCUUGACUGGUGGAAUUGUAUUUCUUACGCUUAUUGUGAAUGGAUCAACAACACAGUUGAUUUUGCAUAUUCUAAAUAUGGAUAAGUUAUCAGCAGCAAAGAGUCGCAUUUUAAAAUAUACACAAUUUGAAAUGUUGAAUAAAGCAUUAGAGGCAUUUGGUGAUCUUGGGGAUGAUGAAGAACUGGGACCUGCUGAUUGGCCUACUGUCAAGAGAUAUAUCUCGUGCUUAAAUGACAUUGAGGGUGAACGAGUACACCCUCAUAUUUCAACUGGAGAUGAUCAUAAUCUAGACCAUAUGAAUUUGAAAGAUAUUCGAGUGCGCUUUUUGAAUGGUGUUCAAGCAGCUUACUGGGGGAUGCUUGAUGAAGGAAGGAUCACCCCCAAUACUGCCAAUUUACUUAUGCAAUCCGUCGAUGAAGCCCUUGACCUGGUAUCUCAUGAGACUCUGUGUGAUUGGAAAGGCUUAAGAUCUUAUAUGAAUAUUCCCAACUAUUACAAAUUUCUUCAAACAAGCAUAGUUCAAAAGAUUAUCACAUACUUCACAGUUGAGAGACUGGAAUCUUCAUGCUCCAUAUCUGCUGCCUUUUUACGUGCCCAUAGAAUUGCUCGACAGCAACUACAUGACUUUAUUGGAGAUAGUGAAAUUGCAUCCCUUGUAAUCAGGGAAAGUGAGGAAGAAGGAGAAGAAGCAAAGAGGUUUCUGGAAGAAGUUCGUCUUUCAUUUCCUCAGGUUCUACGUGUCGUAAAAAAUAGACAAGUAACAUAUUCAGUACUGAAUCACUUAAUCGAUUAUGUCCAUAAUCUUGAAAAGAUUGGCUUGUUGGAAGAAAAGGAGAUGGUUCACCUUCAUGACACUGUCCAGACUGACUUGAAAAGGCUUUUAAGAAAUCCUCCUUUGGUAAAAAUUCCAAAGGUACAUGACUUAAUUAAUGCAAAUACCUUGUUGGGAGCCCUUCCUUCUGCAGUGCGUGAGACAUUUGUUGGUUCCACUAAAGAAAUAAUGAAACUUCGUGGCACAACUCUUUAUAGGGAGGGAUCCAAGCCUAGUGGUGUAUGGCUGAUUUCAAGUGGAGUGGUGAAGUGGACAAGUAAGAGCAUAGGAAAUAAGCAUUGCUUGCAUCCAACAUUUACACAUGGGAGUACUUUGGGCUUGUAUGAAGUGCUUGCUGGAAAGCCUUGCAUAUGUGACAUUGUGACGGAUUCAGUGGUUCUCUGUGUCUUCAUUGAAGCUGACAAGAUACUUGCUGCACUCAAAUCUGAUCCUGCUGUAGAAGAUUUCUUUUGGCAGGAAAGUGUUAUCAUUCUUUCCAAACUCUUGCUUCCCCAGAUAUUUGAGAAAACAACAAUGCAAGAUCUGAGAGCUCUUGUUGCACAAAAAUCAAGAAUGUCUAUAUACAUUAGAGGAGAAACUUUUGAAAUACCUCACCAUUCUGUUGGGUUUCUGUUGGAGGGCUUCAUAAAAGCUCAAGGUUUCCAAGGAGAAUUGCUUACUUCUCCAGCAGCAUUAUGUCCAUAUGGGGAUCAAAGCUUUCGAAGGUCUGAAAGAUCAGAAAGAGGUGCUGGAGCAGACAGUUUUUCUCAUCAAGCAACCUGGUAUCAAGUGGAGACAAGGGCAAGGGUAAUCUUGGUUGACAUUGCUGGAUUUGAAGCCAAUAGAACUCUUCUGAGGAGAUCAUCAUCACUAAUAUCUCAUUCAGUUGAUCACCCUUCUGGUUCUCUAACUGGAGAGCAUGGUGGUCUUAUGAGUUGGCCUGAAGAAUUCUACAAGAUAAGACAUCAUCAGAAUGAUCCAGAGAAGGCUAAUGAAAAAAAGAACAACUUAUCUGCUGGAGCUAUCCACCCGAGCAUCUUUGGAAGCAUGAUAAACAAUGCCCCUGGGAAUGCUCAAAGGUUUUCUGGGAGUGGUUUGAAGCCAUCUUACAGUCACUCAUACCCAAGAGUUCCAUCAAAUUAUGUGAGGCCUCUUUUUUCUGCCAAAUCGGAAGGGUCCUCUACCAUUGGAAAGAAAUUAGCAGUGUCAGAACGCGAUCCUCACGUUGAAGACUCAAACUCGAAAGAGAAGCAAGGUAGAGAUGACUCGAGUGAUGAAUCUGGUGCAGAGGAUGAACUCAUUGUCAGCAUCGAUUCACCAAGCAGGCUUUCCUUUCGACAUGUAUAGUUAACUUGAUGAACUUUCAAAACUUGUAUUCGGUUUGUUUUUCAGGCCUCCUUUUUCAGCAUUUUUAUAUCAUAAUUUUGUUGCCUUUGAUACUCUAUGGAGCAUUUAGUUGAAAAGAUUUUUAAGUACGUAUAUAAAUAGUUUGAGGUAUAGGACUGAAUCAAUAGCGAACUCCAUACCAUCAACUCCUCGUGAUAAUUUGUUUUGCUGGUAUCAUAUUGUACCCAAAACUUGAUUUUCGUCAA